UGGCCUGUCGUGGACGUGCGGCCUGCUGUCCCGCUCUUGGCGCCCCGUGUCCCGCGCCGCGCCCCGCCCGCAGGAUGGCCCACAAGCAGAUCUACUACUCGGACAAGUACUUCGACGAGCACUACGAGUACCGGCAUGUCAUGUUACCCAGAGAACUUUCCAAACAAGUACCCAAAACCCAUCUGAUGUCUGAAGAAGAGUGGAGGAGACUGGGUGUCCAGCAGAGUCUAGGCUGGGUUCACUACAUGAUUCAUGAGCCAGAACCACAUAUUCUUCUCUUUAGACGACCUCUUCCAAAAGAUCAGCAAAAAUGAAGUAUAUUUGGGCAUCGUCAAUUAAAUCUUUUUCAAAUUUAAUGUAUAUGUGUAUAUAAGGUAGUAUUCAGUGAAUACUUGAAAAAUGUACAAAUUGUUCAUCCAUACCUGUGCAUGAGCUGUAUUCUUCACAGCAACAGAGCUCAGUUAAAUGCAACUGCAUGUUGGUUACUGUAAGGUGUUUAAAUUUCUUCUAGUCAGUGUUUCUCUUAAUAUAAGUGCCUGUUUGACUUUACCUGUUACUUUUGUUAAAUAAAGUUUGUAUGUUGCAUUUAUCCCUGUUUGAAGUUAUUGAGGUUUAUCAUGGAUAAUUUGUGACUAUUGAGGUUGUUGGAUGAUUUCAGUUUUACAAUGUUAGUCCCAAGGAGAUUUACUGUAAAGAAAUAAAAUGUUAAAUGGGUUUAAAAUAGCUUCGUGUGAUGAAGGUACCAUUUAAAUUCACUUAUGAAGAAACUAAGAACCAGGGAUAAGUUUAAUA